AUGAGGUACGAGGACUGGGAUGUCCUUCUUUUCCCACGAGACUGCGGUAUUCCCUUUAGAGAGUUCGGCGUCACAUGUGAAGUUGUUCAAGAUACAGAGUUCGCACACAUCCACGGCAUUUGUGGUUUGCCGACUGUGAAUUGUUUUGUGCCUAGUCUCGCACCAGGAACACCAUUUCAAAUCUCGAUUCACUCAUGGAAUACCCCCACCAUCAGUCAAUUCACCAAGUCAUACUCCAAGCACGUCAAUGAUGUCAAAUUCGAGACGAGGCUCUUCGUUGACGGACGUCUUGUUGCUUCCACCUCUUUGAACCGACAGUGCGAUUGGCCGCAUGUCAUUGCAAACGGCUAUGUUUCCGAGCCGCUCAAGUUUCCUGUCUUUCAGCAAGAAAUCCUUCAGCAAAGACAACGAAACGUAGGUGAUGCUCUCGGCCGCAUCAGACUCGUCAUCAGUGAAGGAUUUCCGCGCGAUUCUCUGACCGUUCCAAUGGAGAGAGUCAACAACAUUGUCGUCUUUUCUUUUCAGCAUGCACCCCAAGAAGUCCUAGAAGGCGCAGGGAUUGCUUGGCCAAAUCUUUCUAUGUGGCAGCGAUCCCCGAAUACGUCGUCGAUGUCC